AUGGUAUCAGCCCCCAAGACAGCUCUGAAGCCUCAGUCAACUGACAAUCUCACACCUGUGACACAGUGCGUGCCAACUAGGGAAGCCGAGGUGCCUGAGGCCAUAUCCCAAAGUGGUUUGCAGCAUCCGUUGUACUGCGUUGUUGGAGGCAAGCUUCACCUUGGGCAUAACUGCUUUAUUCCCCUGGAGAAGUUUGCCUUCAUCCAACAAGGUACAACGGAUAAGAAGCUCGUGAAGAACCUGGCAAGACAUUUUUGGUCUCAGGAACAGAUUUCAGCUCGCAGUAUACCGUGCAGCCGUGCCGCAGGCCUGGCCUCAAUGUGCCCGUCAAGCAGCAAGCCACACCUCAGAAGAUGGAAUGGCACGCUAUAUUGACAGCCAUAGUACUGGUCAAUCAAAGGAAGUCAGGCUCGAAGUCAUCCGGAAAAGCCUGGCCGAC